AGGCAGCGCCACGGAGGAGACGGACGUCUACGUCGAGAGCAUGCUCCGUGAACCACGGGUGCAACGUAACACGUGUUAGGUCGGGUACGUUUACUUGUAGAGAGAAGAUCCAGAAGAAACGUAGUGUGGCUCCGCUGGCAACGUAACCGAGCUCCUCGCCGCCGAAUCCCAUUGUAGCAGCAUUAGCAGAACACACGGAUCACGUAGAAGACACAAAAUUGUGCAGCGGCAAAGUUGCGCAGCUAAAUACCCCAACCAUUCACGCCGGAAACAUAGAUCUUGAGAAAUUCGGGCGUUGCAACGGUGCAGAAGGGCUCUAUGUGCUCCACCGUGACUUGGGCGAAUGGUACUUUAGUUUCCAAGAGCUUGCUACUGUGGUAUCGCGAGAGGUGCGUCCAGGUGGCCUGUAAUCCGGGUGUGCAGCAGCGGCAAAAUGCUCAACGAGAUCAGGGCGGCGGUACUGUUCUUAGUAAAUCUGAUCGAAAGAAGCGAAAAAUUUAGUCCCGAUCAAUUGGAAUGCUUCAAGCGGCACCUGGUCGAACUGCUGACGGAACGCUUCAAGAAUCACUGGUUCCCCGACAAGCCGUUCAAGGGCCAGGGCUACCGUUGCAUCCGCGUCAACGGCCACAAUCGUCGGGACGCGACCCUCGAGAGCGCCGCGAACGCCGCCGGCGUCAAGUACGAGGACCUGGCACUGCCGGUGGAGUUAACGUUGUGGGUUGAUCCUAACGAGGUGUGCUGUCGAUUUGGCGAGAGCAAGGGUUCGUACUGUACGCUGGCAUCAUUCGACGACAAGGAGAACACCGUACCCAUUUUCCAAGCCGAGCGUAACGAGAACAGGGAAAACGAGAAUAAGCCAGCCCACGUGGGGCCUAUCAAGAUACAGAAAUCCCCUCUAACCACAAGCACAGAACAACAACAAUCGAAAUCAAAACCAUUAAGCAUCGCCAAUCAAAAUCAACAGCAUAGCAAUAACGGUACAGGUAAGAGGCGCAACUUGAACAGUCCUAGGCUGCACCUGAACAGAAAUCGUUCGUGGUUCGGCCAUUCCUUCAGCAUGGGUUACGGCCCUCAUCCAAUUAACCAGCCGUGGUACAACGUAAUGCCCCCGCAUUUCCUCGGUGGCCCCUCGCCGCCGCCCUUUAUGGGACACCGAGGGAACAAGUGGGUACAUCAGCCCUCUUAUCCCGCAGGACCCGCCCGUUUCCACCAUUGGUCUCCCAAAGCUGCUCUUAAGGUAUAAAGAGAAUAUCGUUUUAAGAAAACACUUAAGAAACCUGUUUCUUCGUGAAGAAUGAAGAAAAUUUGAAACGAAAAAAAAAAAAAACACGUAAUUGCUUGUUUUCCAGAAAAUAUUAUUGCAAUACAUUAUUGAAUAGUAUUUUAAUUGAAAUACGUUCGUGAUAUACGUAUGCAGGUGGAGAGUGUAAAUUUUUAUAUUGGGAACAGGUUUAUUAACGCGUUUCACAAUAACGAAAAAUUAUCCAUCCUGUAAUUACAAAUGACCUUGUUCGAAUUAAGGCUUACGAUUUUUUAUGACGAGAGGUAUCGCAUUAUUACAUGUUAUACGUAUAUAUAAUAAUAAAUUGGAGUAAUGAAUGUUUUUAACUCCGGAUGCAAGGUUGCUUGUAAAAAGGUAGACUAGUGGCAAUUCGAAUAGAAAUAGUAAAAAAAACGAUGCAUUAGUAUAUGCGUGAAAUGGAAAUAGAUGUCAUAUCAUGACAAGUUGUUUCUUCGAUCAAUUCUUGAAAUAACAAACAUUUAUGUGGAAUAUAUAUAUAUAUGCGCGAUGAUAUAUCGAGAAAUUGAGAGAGAAUCUGUUUAUCUUUAUCUAAUUGUCGCAAAUCGAUGAAUUGUAUAUCUGCUUUGUUACAUCUGUUUUGUUACAUCUAUUGUUGUCAUAUGCGUUAUUGAAGCUGUAUAAUUGAUUGGCAACGCCAUUUGUUUAAGCGUUAAUAAUUUAUAAUAGGAGACAAACAAUGGGAAUGAUUCCGAAAGUUUCUGAAAUUUGACGCGAUUAUUUUCGGUAUAAAAUACAGUGUAAUAAAAUUUAUGAUUUUGUCACGUCGUAUAUGUUAAUAUAUUCGCGUUCAACGACAAAGGCCGUCCCAUAAAGCAUCAUCGUAUUUCUUUCUUAAAUGAUUUACUUGAAUCUGCUCCGGCAAAUCUUUCGAGGGGGGGGGGGGCAAUGCAGGACGGUGUUAUGCCAUCAGUUGUAUAGCCUUAAGAAGAUCGUAAUUACAAUAUUUUUAUUUUACAUCGAAAAAAUAUUUUUACAAGACAUAAUACGCCGAAUGAGACACAGAAAGGCUUUAUUUCGUGCCGAAAGGAUGCCUCGCGUUAGGUCAAAACUUUCGAAAUUAAUCCCGUUGUUUGUCCCAUUAUAGUCUAAUUUAAACUGGACUAUAAAUAACUGGUUUUGUUCCGAUAUGACUUUAAUGUUCGCUAAUAUUUGCUCUAUAGUAGAUUUUAUUUGCAUAUUAGCUUAUAUAUCGUAAUAGAGAAUU